CGGAACCAUUAACUCCAGAACCGCUUAGCUCCGGUAUACCUGACCGGACUCCUGGGAAGUCUCCGUUAGUGUCGUCGCCGAGUCACUAUCUAAGCAGUUAAACAGCGCGGCGACGACACUUUAUAGAUGAGUUCUGCCGUCUCCGUUGAAUCGGCUGCUAGAAUCCGACCGACUGGGACGCCGGGGGAGAUCUUUUCCAGAGUUGGCAGUUUAUUUACAAUGGAUACGGAGAUACGACAUGAUGCGUUUUCUAUAUAUCUCUCUUCGUCUUCGUCUCUUACUUCGAUAUAGAUGUAUUGCUAAAGCAUAUCCCAUUUGAAGCUUCUGCCUCUCAUCCUUUCCCUGGAACAUUAUAGCUCGUCUACUUAGCAAUUCUAGCUUUAUAUAGGUACAACCUUCAUCCACAUCCAACAAUGCCUUCCAUCAAGAACCAACACAUCCUCAUAAUCGGAGGCUCCUCUGGCAUAGGCGCAGGAGUCGCUAAACUCGCCGCCACCGACGGCGUCCACGUCUCCAUCGCCUCGUCGAGCCCAACACGCGUCGAAGCCGCCGUCAAAAAGCUCCAAGACGCGGUCCCGGGCGCCCAGAUCCGGGGCUACGUAUGCGACGUCAAAGACAACGACGUAGAGUCCAACCUCGAGAAGCUAUUCUCCGACGUCAACACCGCGGCGGGCGGACAGUUACUCGAUCAUAUCGUAUACACCGCAGCUCGUUUCGAAUUCCGACCUCUCGCGAGUGUAUCGCGGGAUUAUUUGAGGGAUAGCACGCAGUAUACUUAUGUCGUGCCUUCGCUUAUUGCGAAGCUGUCGCAUAAGUAUGUUAAGCAGAGUACUUCCUCGUCGCUUAUUUUCACGAGCGGACGUGUCGCCGAUAGGCCUAUGAAGGGCGGCGCUAUUGGUUCCGGCGUGAGCGCGGCUAUAAUCGGACUUGGACGUGGGUUGGCUCUGGAUCUAGCCCCCGUGCGCGUGAAUGUUGUUAGUCCUGGCGCUACGAACACGGAAAUGUUUGGGAGCGGUGAGCAGCGAGAAAUGCUAGUUUCUGGAAUAGCUAAGACGGCACUGUUGGGCAAAGUUGGGACCCCUGAGGAAGUGGCUGAGGCGUAUAUCUACCUCAUGAAGGACACCAACGCUACAGGGAGUGUGGUUAGAUCGGAUGGGGGUGUCCUAGUCCAGCCGGAAGAGACCAUAAAGCUGUUUGAUUAGGAAUGAUGGCUUGGAAGUUCACAUCACUUAUCUUGAACUUCCUAAUCUCGGAUAUUAAGUGGACCACUCCUCUCAUGUAUUACUUACAAUUUGUCUUAAUAUCUUCGUUCUAGGAAGGGGAAUUAAGUACGUAUGUGGCCUUCUACUUGAAGCUUUAGUCUUGGUGGUCGAGCUCAUCCCAUUAUAGUAGGAUAAAAAAGGGGUAAGACAAAAACUAAAAUUUCGUAAACCCUC